CUUCCGUGUCACGAUCAGUGCUUUAUAUUAACAUUCAGUGGAUACGCCUGCAUACCAUCAGCCUUUUUGUUCGGCGUUUUUAUUCAAAUUCGAAUCUGUAAUAAAGUUAAAAUGCUGUAGGCUAUUCAUCAUUUCCAUGAUAUGUUUUUCAUGUAACAUAAGGUUACCCCGUUAAAAACGAAAAAAAAAACCCACUUAAAUAUAGGCUACCAGAGUGCGCAACAACUUACCAGCUGGAACUGAAUGUCACAUGUUGGAUGCUCUCAGACCUGCCCUCUAUCAUAAUAAAAGCUCCCACCUCCUCUUGGUGCCCUCUUCCCGCCCUCUUCAUGUAAUAGUAUGAUAAUGAGGGCUGUGGAUGUGGAGUGAGGGGUGGUUUUUAAGGCGUUUGACUCUAUUUGGAGUUGUGUCCAUUCCAGAAGAAAGAGGGUUUUUUUUCUCCCUCUUGUUCUUUUCUACUUGUAGCUGCAUCAGCAGAGCUCGUCCGCAGGCUGCGUCCUCACAGAGAGCCUGCACCAGGAUGGGUGCUCUCCCGGCGACAAGGAUGUUAUGGAUUCUCAUCUUUUAUGGAAUAACAUUAGUUUAUGGUUCAAACGUCUGCACCUCCAGAGGGGCCAGCACAUGCAAGCAGUGUCUGGCUGUUCACCCCAGCUGCGCAUGGUGCCUACAAGAGGACUUUGGCCAGGGUGUUGCCAGUUCUUCCCGCUGUGAUUUAAAAGGUAACCUUGUGGCAGCCGGUUGUGCUCCGUCAGCUCUGGAGUCUCCAAACAGCAAACUUCAGGUGAUUGAGGACCGGCCCCUCAGCAACAAGGCAGCGGGAGCCACACAGGACGUCACCCAGAUCAAACCCCAGAAACUGAGCAUCACCCUCAGGCCAGAUGAUGCAAAGCGCUUUACAGUGAAAGUGCGUCAGGUAGAGGACUACCCGGUGGAUCUUUACUACCUCAUGGAUCUCUCCUACUCCAUGAACGAUGACCUCUUCCGUCUGAGGACUCUGGGUAAGCUUCUGGCAGAGGCCAUGAAUCGCACCACCAGCAACCUCCGCAUGGGCUUUGGGGCCUUCGUGGACAAGCCGCUUUCACCCUACAUGUACAUCUCCCCCAAAGAGGCUGUAAAGAAUCCCUGCUUCAGCAUCAACACCACCUGUCUGCCCCAGUUUGGCUACAAACACGUUCUGUCUCUGACGGAGGAGGUAGGCCGCUUCACAGAGGAGGUGAAGAAGCAGAUGGUCUCAAGGAACCGAGAUGCCCCGGAGGGAGGCUUUGAUGCCAUCAUCCAGGCCGCUGUGUGCAAGGAACAGAUUGGUUGGCGUCCCGGUGCAUCCCACCUUCUGAUCUUCACCUCUGAUGCUAAGACCCACCAAGCUCUGGACGGUCGUCUGUCUGGAAUCGUACAGCCCCACGAUGGAAAGUGUCACCUCAACUCUGACAAUAUGUAUAACAUGUCCACCAUCAUGGAUUACCCGUCUCUCGCUCUGAUCACAGAGAAGAUGUCAGAGAACAACAUCAACCUCAUCUUUGCCGUCACCAACCCUGUAGUUCCUCUGUACCAGAACUACAGUGAGCUGAUUCCUGGCACCACAGUCGGAAUACUGUCAAACGACUCUGGCAAUGUUAUUCAGCUCAUACUGAAGGCCUACGCUAAAAUCCGUUCCAAGGUGGAGUUGGAGCUUCAAGGAGUCCCUGAGGAGCUGUCCCUGUCCUUCAACGCCACGUGUCUGAAUGGAGAGCUCAUCCCUGGCCUUAAAUCCUGCUCUGGAAUCAAGAUAGGAGACACGGUCUCUUUCAGCGUGGAAGCCAGAGCUCGUGGCUGCCCCAAACAGAAGAAAAAAACCUUCAUCAUUAAACCUGUGGGCUUUAAGGAUUCCCUCUCCAUCACUGUCACCUUUGAGUGCGACUGUAAGUGUCAGAGCAAAGCCCAGCCCGACAGCCCUAAGUGUAACCACGGAAAUGGCACCUACGAGUGCGGCAUCUGCCAAUGCCACCCGGGCCGCUUGGGGCCGCACUGCGAGUGUGCAGAGGGGGAUUAUAACCCCACAGAGCAGGACCGCUGCAGUGGACCUGCGGGCUCCAGAGGUCCUCAGUCUGCCAUCUGCAGUGGCCGUGGAGACUGUGUGUGCGGCCAGUGUGUGUGCCACAGCAGCGACUUUGGAAAGGUGUGGGGAAAGCUGUGUGAGUGUGACGACUUCAACUGCCUUCGCUACAAGGGGGAAAUAUGCUCAGGCCAUGGCGUCUGUAACUGUGGCUUCUGCCAGUGUGCACCAGACUGGCAGGGUGAGAACUGUAACUGCUCCAGACGCACUGACACCUGUAUGUCCAACGUGGGUCUGCUGUGCAGCGGGAGGGGCCAGUGUGUAUGUGGGGCUUGUGAGUGCACACAGCCGGGUGCUUAUGGAGCCACAUGUGACAAAUGCCCCACCUGCCCUGAUGCCUGCACCAUGAAGAAAGAGUGUGUGGAGUGUAAGCACUUCAAGAGGGGAAGGCUGUUUGAGGAUAACACCUGCUCUAGAAUCUGCAAGGACGAAAUUAGGCUGGUGGACGAAUUAGUGCUCCAUGAUACAAAUGCUGUGAACUGCACUUACAAGGAUGAGGAUGAUUGCCUGGAGCGUUUCCAGUAUUAUGAGGACACCAGUGGCAAGUCUAUAUUGUUUGUCGUCAAAGAGCCAGACUGUCCCAAGGGUCCAGACGUUUUGGUGGUGCUUCUAUCUGUGGCCGGAGCCAUCCUCUUUCUCGGCUUGGCGGCUCUGCUUAUCUGGAAACUACUUGUCACAAUCCAUGACAGACGGGAGUUCGCCAAAUUUGAGGAAGAACGGGCUCGUGCCAAAUGGGACACGGGACACAACCCGCUCUACAAAGGAGCCACAUCUACCUUCACAAACAUCACAUACAGAGGGAAAGACUGACGCAGCUGAACAAGGACAAAAGAACAGACUUUUGCUGUCCUUUGUGGAAAGGCGCCCAAUCAUGUGCAGGCCUCUACUGUCCCAAGAUAACAAUGAAUAAUGAUAUGUGUUUGUAAAUAUGUAGAAAAUGAUUUUUUUUGGACACAAUUUGUCAGGCAUUUGUCAUAAACACCCUCUUGUACCCUGAUAAAUGAGACUUCUACCUAUACACAUACCAGCCAUGUUUGUAGUUUUUGUUUGCGCUGCUUUUACACAGCCCCCCCAAAGGCUGUAAAUGUGGUUAUUUUUUCACACAACUACAACUUCUGUUUUCAGUUGUUAAUACCCAUAGACUUUGCUGUGAAAAGUAUUUUUUUUUACCAUUAGUAUGAAACAACUUAAUACCACUUUUGUAAAGUGAUGCAGUUUAUUUAUUGAAUCAUUGAAGUCAGGGGGAGAACAAAUUGAGUCAUCUUACACAACAACUUCAUUUUCUGUUCAUGAUUUGUGGAUUUGGUGUUUGUGGUUUUCAUUUGGAUCGUGGCAUUGGCUGACAAUCUGUCUUUUGGUCAAAUGACGAGCCGGACAUACAGUGUGGUCUGAAGUAAAAGUUAGAAUUUUACCAGAAAAAU